AUGACAUUGGCAUUGGCCUCAGCAUCCUUUGUGUUCGGUCAUCUGCUUGCAACAGUCACUACAGCCAUCCCCCUCACUGACCCGAAACCCCUCAAGCAGGAGGAUAUGGACCAGUUGAUGAGGCAUGAGCUGCUAGUGGAAAAAGAUGGCAACUUAGCAGGUGGAAAACGCGUUCUAUGGGAGGAGGGCAUACAUGACCAUACAUCAUCUAUCCUCGAUAUUCUUAUCCCAUCGUCCAAUCUCACAAUCCAAGACCUUUACAGCAUUAGAUAUGCCAAAAAGAAGGGUGAUUUUAUCCUACAUGGAUCUUCCAUAUUGAUGAACCCACAGAGAGGAGGUAUUCCUCAAUGGAGGCUCAACCGCGCCUUCACUGGUCAGUUGAAGAAGACAAAAAAGUACCAAUCAGAUUCACAGGAUACAGACGUGGAGACAGUCACUGCGUGA